AUCGCCUUUUCUUUUCUUUCAUCGAUCGAUGGCUUCGAUCUCGGGAACGGCGAUCGGCACCUCGGCUCGGCCUCUUUUGGCCGCGCGGGCUCAGGUUGUGAAAGGGUUUUCUGGACUGAAAUCCGUUUCCUUUUCCAUUCAAAGGAAGAGCUUUCCAUCAGUUCGGCUGCAAGCAGCCUCACGACGCCUUCAAGUUUCCUGUGUUGCAAAACCAGAGACGGUUCAGAAGGUGUGUGACAUAGUGAAGAAGCAGCUGGCGCUGUCUGAUGAUACUCCUGUGACUGGUGAAUCAAAGUUUUCAACACUUGGGGCUGAUUCUCUUGACACGGUUGAGAUUGUCAUGGGCCUUGAGGAGGCAUUUGGGAUAUCUGUUGAAGAAGAAAGCGCACAGAGCAUCACAACAGUGCAGGAUGCUGCUGAUCUGAUUGAGAAGCUUGUGGAUGCAAAAUCUAGUUAGAUGAAUAACAAUGUUCAAGAAUUAAAGUUUUUCGAGUCGGGCACAUUUCCAUUAUCCUGGUUUUGCACUUUGUCAGCUCUCUGCCAGUUAGAUGGUUUCAUUGUUAGGGUUCAUAUUUAAUUUUGUUUUGUUCUAUGGAACUGCUAGGAGGCCGUAUCAGAUAUUCUGUUGGGUUUUUAAUUUAAUCUUUUCUGCAUCCGUGUCGUUGGCCUAAACAUACCAAUUACAUUUUAUCUAUUAUGAACUUCAAAAAUGUGAAAUGAGUUUGAAGUAUUUGC